GUCCCUUGCCCCUCCACACUUCUCACUUCACGAAAACCACGUAAACUGCAAUCAACGCAACUCCCGUCACUCAACCUCAACAUCGUCUCUAUACCUCACACACAACAAACCACAAAAUACCGCCAAAAUGCUUGAAGCACGUCUCGAACAGGCAAACCUGCUGAAGAAGGUUGUCGAUGCCAUUAAGGAUCUGGUGCAAGACUGCAACUUCGACUGCAAUGACUCCGGAAUCGCCCUCCAGGCCAUGGACAACUCGCACGUCGCGCUCGUGUCCAUGAUGCUCAAGGCCGAGGGAUUUUCCCCAUACAGAUGCGACCGCAACAUCGCGCUUGGUGUUAACCUUACGUCUUUAACCAAGGUUCUCCGUGCGGCACAGAACGAGGACAUUCUCACUAUCAAGGCUGAGGACGCGCCUGAUGUGUUGAACCUUGUCUUUGAGAGCAGUGACAGCGACAGGUUGAGCGAGUAUGACCUCAAGUUGAUGGAUAUUGACCAGGAGCAUCUUGGUAUCCCAGAGACCGAGUACUCCGCUACCGUCUCUAUGCCAUCUGCUGAGUUCAAGAGAAUCUGCAUGGACUUGAUGGCACUUUCUGAGUCUGUUUCUAUCGAGGCCUCCAAGGAUGGAGUCAAGUUCUCGUGCGCUGGUGAUAUCGGAAACGGAGCUGUUACCCUCCGCAGCCACACAAACGUCGACAAGCCAGAAAACAAUGUUGAGAUUGAGCUCACCGACUCCGUCGCCUUAACCUUCUCCCUCAAGUACCUCGUCAACUUCUGCAAGGCCUCCGGCUUGUCCGGAACGGUUAAGCUGUGCCUCUCCCCCGAGGUUCCUCUGCUGGUAGAGUAUGCGCUGGCCGGCAGCAGCUACUUGAGGUUUUACCUGGCACCAAAGAUUGGUGACGACGAAUAGAUGGAUUGGGAUAGUAAUGAUAUAAACAGCAUUUGACAUCCUGCAGGGCGCGUAUGGUUGACUUUCAUGGAUACUGGUUCUUCUCGUCUGCGAUUAUUGUCUUUUUUUUUACGAGGAAUGAACAAAAAUGUUUUAGCUAAGGUUCAGACAAACAUGAAUACUACUGUUACAAACAG